GAGACCGAAAUAUACACCCUCCUUUUUUUUUGUAGGAGAUGAAGUAGCCUGCCUUUGACCGCAGCCGGCGUUUGCACUGCUCGCACGGGUUUGUGGGAUGUGACAGAAGACGAUACAGGAGGACAAUGCCUUUUUAUAUUUGCCAAACGAAGAUGCUGGCUGCGUAGUUUUGUGCCAUAUUGGGAUAAUUUCUAAAUCAGGGAUAGCUGUACUGUAGCUGCUUGCAUGUUUUUUUCUAUAACGACGUCCUUUUUGAUCCAAAUGCCUUCGACAGAAUAAGAAAUGGUCGCUUGGCUUUGACCGUGUCUCUGUAUGAAUCCAUCUGGCGGAUUGUAGACCGGAGCACCCCUCGCUCGUAAAGACAUUUUUUGCUCGUCCUCUCCUCCACCUCUCCACCUCCACACCCCGGACAUCAGCUCUCUCCUCGCCCCCCUCUCUCUUUUGCCUCCUCUUUGGCCCGUGUGUGCGUGCGUGUGCUAAGAGUAGUGAGAGUAAAAACAUGUCGGGACAGUCAUUGACGGACCGUAUCGCCGCCGCGCAUCACAGCAUGACCGGCUCAGCCAUCAGCAAAGCGGUGUGCAAGGCCACGACACACGAAGUCAGCGCGCCCAAGAAGAAACACCUUGACUACCUGAUCCACUGCACCAAUGAGCUGAACGUGAGUAUCCCACAGCUGGCCGACACUCUGCUGGAGCGCACGGCCACCAACAGCUGGAUCGUGGUGUUCAAGGCCCUCAUCACCACACACCACCUCAUGAUGUACGGCAAUGAGAGAUUGAUGCAGUACCUAGCCUCAAGAAACACGCUCUUCAACCUCAACAACUUUCUGGAUAAGGCCGCACUACAAGGUUACAACAUGUCCACUUUCAUCAGACGCUACAGCCGGUACCUGAAUGAAAAAGCCAUGUCCUACAGACUAGCAGCAGUGGAUUUCACCAAGAUGAAACGAGGUGCCGAUGGCGUGAUGCGCACCAUGAACACAGACAAGCUGAUUAAGACCCUGCCCAUCAUUCAGACACAGCUGGACGCGCUGCUGGAUUUCCAGCCAAACUCGAACGAGCUGACCAAUGGAGUGAUCAACACUGCCUUCAUGUUGCUGUUCAAAGACUCAAUACGGUUAUUUGCAGCGUACAAUGAAGGGGUCAUCAACAUGCUGGAGAAAUAUUUUGACAUGAAGAAGAACCAGUGUAAAGAGGCGUUGGAGAUCUACAAGACGUUCUUGAACCGGAUGACCAAACUGUCUGAGUUCCUUAAAGUUGCCGAGCGAGUUGGAAUAGAUCAGGGUGACUACCUUGAUCUCGCACAGGCGCCCACUUCACUCCUGGAGGCGUUAGAGCAGCAUUUGGCCUCUCUGGAGGGUAGAAAGCUGAAGGAUCUCUCCACCGCCAGCAGAUCCAGCACCUUAUUGAGUGCCGUGUCCUCUCUCUCCAGUACAGGGAUCUCUCUGAGCCGAAUGGACGAGAAGACAGAGGACAACAGGCUGCAACACAAGGAGGAUGGUCCUAAAGUGCUUGAUAUCCAGACGCCCACAGUCUCUCCCAGCACUCAGUCUGUGGGCAGUGCCAACAGCAGCGGAGGAGCCACCGACCUCUUCUCCAACUCACCCAUUGCUCCUGUCAACAACCACAUGCCAACUCUGAGCAGUGAGCUGUUCACCCUGCAGCCCACUUUCGCCCCCAUCCCGACCGCUCACACUGUGCCCAAUAACAACAACCACGCCUGGGGAGGUGAUCUGCUGAAGCCGGCCCCGCCCACUCACAUCCACAGCCCUGGAGCCCCACUGCAUUCUGGGAAGAUGCUUCCCAGUGAUUUGGACUCAUCGUUAGCCAACCUCGUAGGAAACUUGCAUUUUGGAAGUGCACCAGCCAAAAAACCGGAGCUGCAGUGGGGAGGUCUGGUGGAGAAAAAGCCGUCCGGAGGCGGUGGAUGGCAGACCAAAACCAUGUGCACCAGCACCAACUGGGCCCACAGCACACACCCCAUGGCCCCUGCACCCAUGCCCGUCCCACAGAUGAAUGGGAUGAUCUAUACUGGCUAUGCUCCAGCACCAGUGGCUUUUCCUAUGACGACACCUCAAGUGCCUGUGUAUGGAAUGCUCCCCCCUCAGAUGGGUCAUCAUCAGAUGGGGGGUGUUCCCAUGAUGCCCCCUCAGCCUGUCAUGUACAACCAGCCUGUCCUGAGACCCACCAACCCCUUUGCACCCAUCCCGGGAACUCAGAUGCACUUCAUGUAACGAUGACAUCGUAACCAUAGCAGCCAAGUCGAGAGGAAAGAGGAGAGAAAGAGUUAAAGAAAACAGAUCCAAGCAAAUGGCAAAUAGGCAGAGUGGUUCAAAAAUCAGGAUGGAGAAGAAAUUGCUGCAUGGAUCAAAAACGAUGUCUCGUUUUCUUGGCUCUCUGGUCUCUCCUCUGCCCAAGUCCCAGGACACGAGAAUCCGCUAUACAUCAUCAACCACUCAUCCUAUUUUCGGAAAUUUCAAUCAACACCCAGAAAUUAUGCUACAAAGAUCGUCAGCAUCCUCCUUUAACUUCUAUUUCCCUCUAAAAUGAAUCAAACUUGUGAGGCAUUUUUGGAUCGUUUGCUGGCACUUUACUCAGCGUAAACUUUGCCAAGGUUGUGCGGAUGAAGCGAUUGAAACGUCUAGAUUCCUGGUAGUGCCAUUUGUCACUAUGAUGUGAGAAGUGGCUAAUUAGGUCUGUGUGUGUGUGUGUGACCAAUUUCUUUUUUACAUUUACAUGUGCUAUAAUAAGUUCUCAAUUGCCAACUAAAUGUUCAAACUUGGAGGGCAUAUUUUGAGUGAGAGUGAUUGGACGUAAUGUUAAUGUACGAAGUAGCUAUGUCUUUUUUUGGUACCUGUAGUCUUUAGUGUAGCCAGGUGCCCAUAUGUUAAAUGCACUGGAACUACUUACAAUGGAAAGCACUGAGCCAGACCUAGGCAUCGCAUUUGGAUGUAAAAAUCACAUACACCUCUGCUGUACCUAAUGUCUAUUUGUUGUACAAUAUCAUGCAAUUUGUCUGUCCAAUCAUUCCCAUUGUAGACCUAUAAGAAGUUAUCUGUUAGUUUUUUUGGAGGUUAGUUUUCAGAUAAAUGUAUUUGUUUGUUUCUCAAGACUCAAAAAUGCACUGAAAGCAAGACUGAAAGAGGGCUUCAAGAAAUAAGUAGUCCUUCACCCCAGCAUAACUUAAGGAUAUCAAUAUAAUGAAUCACUUUUCUUCUGUUCUUAACUAUUGACAAUGGCAGGUCCUUUGUUGUGCAGGUAGACAAGUCACUCACUUUUUCUAUUGACGAUUUAAAGUCACCAAGUCUGUAGAUAAGGUAAGCCUGUGUACCCAGAGAGAGCCCAGGGUAGCACGAGGAGGGAGAAAUAAAAUCUUCUCCCAAAUCCUACAUGAUGUCCUUCCCGUCUUGGACACUGAAACCUACUCCCCUUUAAAUGCCAGAAAACCUUGAGUUGAUCUUUUUUAUCACAGCUCCGAGGUUGUAAGGACACUGCGGAGAAGAGGGAUUUGCUCCCUUAGAGCUAACAUUUAUGGAUGGGAAGGUCAAUUGGAAGUGUCAGGAAAAGUAAAAAGCUAAUGUCUGUCGAUCAGGACCCUUCCGUCAGUGAAGAUAUUCAGAUUAAUUCAGUCAAAUGUGCUUUUAAUGAGACGUUAAAGGUUAAUGUAGUAUUUUUGUUCUGGCAAAGCCAAGGUCACUAUUAACCCUCAGAUAGUCAGGCCGAUUGACAGUAUUAUAUAUAGCACAAAAACCUCCAAAGCGGUGACAACGCUCUGCUGCACAAAGUAAAAAUCACUGCUGGGAUGUACAGUCGAAAGGGGCAAUAAUUUGAUUGGGGAUGGAGUUAUUUUCUAUUGAUUGUGUAUGUCUUCAGUGUACAUGUACUUAUGUGUGUUUGUGUGCAUUUUGCCUUCCCAUUGAAAUUAACAGGGUUAUGUAGUUUGGCCGAGUCAGAAUUCAAGAUAAUUCGAUUAGGUUCAUUUGGCCUGGUAAGAAUUCAAUGUGGCUAUACAGAUUUUUCAUUUGCUCAAAUCUUAAUCUUUCGGCUCCUCCCUUCUGGGUUCAUGAAAGCAUAGCUUCUGUUUCAGCAUGAUUCGUAGACUGAUUGGCAUGUUUUUUUUAUGCCAGAUGCCCUCCCUGAGGCAUUUAUCAGGACUUUGAAAUCAGCACUGAGAGUGCUCAGGAGAACUGCGAGUAGAAUUGUUAAUCAGAAGAAGAAACUUUCCGAGCAGGAAAUGCAAAUUCAUGUUAAAAGUGACACUUUGGGACUUUCCUUUUGAACUCCUGGCAAUGCACGCUACAAACUCCAGCUACUACAAGACCAGCAAAGAUUUGAGGAAGGCUGUGAAGUGGCAAGUCAGAGAAAGGUCUACACCAGAACUGAACCAUAACUAAAGCCGGACAAAGCCAGAUGAAGCUUGAAUAUCUCCUUUGGAAGUUGACAACAUACUCUCAAACAUCAUAACUUGUCCUUGUGGUUCAUCGUACUCAACUUAAAGCUCUUUUCCAUUCAACCAAUCAGCGCAGCUCAAAUCCAUCCCGGAUCCACCUUUUUGACUGUUAACCGUGUCCACUGUAUAUAGGUAAUGCCGUUCAUGUGUUUUAAACGUGCUCUCUCUCUCUGUAAAGUGAUCCAAUCCCCAUUUUGGAUGUACGUGGGACAAUUUCUUGCCGUUUCUGUGUUUGAAUGGUUGUAUUUUAAAGUUGUCAUCAUCCAGGGGAGGAGGGGAGGGGCGUGGGGUGGAUUUUGGGUCAAUGUUUUUAAUGUAUGUGUCCAUCUAGGAGGAGGAAAGGGUUAUUUGGGAAAGGGGUCUUAACUAUCACAACUGGUCAAUACCAAGAGUGUCUUCAUCAAGGGAGGGGGCAGGACAGGGUCUGCCCCCUUCGAAACAGGAACAUUUUUUUGCACCAAAGUCAUCAUCAACGCGCAGCUUCUUCUAAUUCAAGGUCACUAUGGAUGGAUGAUAUCUGAACUCUGAAUUCUAAUUUUCUUUUUAAGAGACAAGGAAACUGUCUUUUUUGCAUGAUUAAGUGUCGUCUUUUUAUUGGCUUGUGUGCCCGGUAAAAGCAUGACCAUUGUGUGAACUCUCACUUACCGGUGUGUUUGGGAAAUGUAAUGAGAUUUUUUACUUACCUCUUUGACAUGAACGUCCAUUGACAUUCAUAAUCAACUGUUUUACAAGAUAGGGUCAGUAAGUGUUUGAAGGCUGCUGCAUGCAGUAACCCAUCAAACUUCAAACCCAGUUACCAUCUCUGCAUCUUUGUAAAACUCCAUGGAUGUCAAUGCCAUCACCUAGCUAGCUAAAACUCCAUGGAUGUCAAAGCAUCACCUAGCUAGCUAGACAUUUGCAGUCUUGUAAAAUUGCUCUUUAUUAAAGCAGUGCUAUUUUCAAUAUGUGUUUGAAUGCUUGCUCUUUUUUCAUACUAUGCCAGCAGUAUCUUGGGAGAUUGUGAUGAAGGUCGAAGUACUGUAAUAUAUGUUUGGUCUGGUCCACUUUGUGUGGUGUUUCAAGUGUUUAAAGUCUUGUCCUGUUUGUCCUCAUCAACUGGACUGUGUCAUUUCCCAUGAUCCUUUUAGGCUGGUUUCCUCGAUACGGGUCUGAAGUUAAUUUUGAGAACCACAGUUCUUAUAUUCAGUAGAACAUGGACAUUUAACAUACAGCCACGUUAGUAUGAAUAAAAUCAUAGCAAUCAUUUACUUCAAACUGUUUGAAAUGAGCAGUUAAGUUUUAGCAUCAAAGAACAUUAACAAUUGCAGUAAAUUUUUAUGUUUUUAUGACUCACCACUAAAUCUUUACAUAGAGAUCACCUACGUAGGACAGCAGCUGGAAACCAGACCUAGACGUCAGAGCAGUGUUUUGUCACAAUGUCCAUUCAGUUCCACAGUCCACUGUUAAUCGUGUCCCGAGAACUCAUUACCUCACUGAGCGCUAACAUUGUGAGAACUACGUCUGAUCAUCUGUAUUUCUUGUUGAGGGCUCAGUGUCCAUAGAACAGUCUUAGCAGGGAGCAAGCUUUCAAAGCGCCAAAUGCUUCUCAUUUCCUUUUUAUGUAUCACAGUGACACCAGGUUUGCAUUGUUAUGAAAUUAUUGAUUUUUAUUUGGAAAGCAUAGAUGUUUUUCAAAGAAAAGCUCAAUAAAAUUGU